CGCUCGACAAUCGCACGCGACGUAUUCAGCUCCCGCCAGCUGGGCAGCGCGACCACCGCCUCUUGGGUUUCUCGAUCAACACCGCUAGGACCGCAAUCAUGGAGGCGAGAGGACCACCGCGCGUGAAGAACAAGGCGGCCGCGCCGAUUCAAAUCAGCGCCGAACAGCUCCUGCGCGAAGCAGUCGACCGCCAGGAUGAUAAACUCAAGGCGCCAACGCAGCGCUUUGCGGAUAUGGAGGAGCUUCACGAGCAUCAGGGCCGCAAGAGGAAGGAGUUCGAAGACUAUGUGCGCCGCAACAGGAUCAACAUGAACAACUGGAUGCGCUACGCCUCUUGGGAACUCGAGCAGAAGGAGUUCAGGCGCGCGCGUUCUAUUUUUGAGCGCGCGCUGGACGUGGACAGCACAUCAGUGGCUUUAUGGCUGCGAUACAUCGAAUCGGAGAUGAAGCACCGCAACAUCAACCACGCUCGCAACGUCCUUGAUCGCGCUGUCACAUUACUUCCCCGCGUUGACAAGCUUUGGUACAAAUAUGUUUACAUGGAGGAGACCCUUGGCAAUAUCGACGGUGCCCGUUCUGUUUUUGAGCGCUGGGUGUCGUGGGAGCCUGAGGAGGCUGCGUGGUCGUCAUACAUCAAGCUAGAGAAGAGACACGGAGAGUUUGAAAGAGCCAGGGCCAUUUUCGAGCGAUUCACCGUGGUCCACCCUGAGCCAAAGAACUGGAUUAAGUGGGCCAAGUUUGAGGAAGAGAACGGCACAAGCGACCUGGUUCGAGAUGUAUACGGCACAGCUGUGGAAACACUGGGUGACGAUUUCAUGGACGAGAAGCUUUUCAUGGCAUACGCCAAGUUUGAAGCAAGAUUGAAGGAGACAGAGCGAGCGAGAGCUAUUUACAAAUUUGCGCUGGACCGCAUGCCUCGCUCAAAAUCAGUCAAUCUCCACAAAGCUUUCACCACAUUCGAGAAGCAGUACGGCGACCGAGACGGUAUUGAAGAUGUCGUAUUGUCAAAGCGGAGAGUGCAUUAUGAGGAGCAGAUCAACGAGAACCCCAAGAACUAUGAUGCGUGGAUUGACUUCGCGCGUCUGGAGGAGACAUCUGGUAAUACAGACCGUGUACGAGACGUGUACGAACGAGCCAUUGCACAAAUACCGCCCACACAAGAGAAGCGCCAUUGGAGGAGAUAUAUUUACCUCUGGCUUUUUUAUGCUGUUUUCGAAGAAUCUGUCUCGAAAGAUAUGGCCCGCACACGGCAGAUCUACCAGGAAUGCAUACGCCUGAUACCGCACAAACGCUUCACCUUCGCCAAGCUGUGGUUGAUGUUUGCCCACUUUGAAGUCCGCCAAUCCCAACUCACAGCCGCACGCAAGCUCCUCGGCCAAGCCAUCGGCAUGUGUCCCAAGGACAAGCUCUUCAAGGGCUACAUCGAGCUUGAGAUGAAGCUCUUCGAGUUCACCCGCUGCCGCCAGCUGUACACAAAAUACAUCGAGUUCAACGGCGCCAACACGCAAACCUGGAUCAAAUUCGCUGAACUCGAGCGCGGCCUUGACGACCUCGACCGCGCACGCGCCAUCUUCGAACUCGCCGUCGAAGAACCGCAGCUCGACAUGCCCGAGCUGCUGUGGAAAGCGUACAUCGACUUUGAAGAGGGCGAGGGCGAGUACGAGCGCACGCGCGCUCUGUACGAGCGCCUCCUCGAAAAGACCGACCACGUCAAGGUCUGGACUUCGUGGGCGGCGCUCGAAAUCGGCAUUCCGGACCCGGCCACCGACGACGCCGACGACGACGUCGACGACAAACCCGUCAGCGACGCCGCCAAGGCGCGUGCACGCGCCAUCUUCGAGCGUGCGCACACCCGCAUGAAGGACAAGGAGCUCAAGGAGGACAGGGUUGCGCUGCUCAAUGCCUGGAAGAGCUUCGAGGCGACGCAUGGCAGUCCUGACGACCAGGAGAAGAUCAACAAACAGAUGCCGCGCAAGGUCAAGAAGAGGAGGAAGCUCGACGACGACAGUUUCGAGGAGUACGUCGAUUACAUCUUCCCCGCGGACGACGAGAGCGCGGCGAAGCUGGCGAAGCUCAUGGCCAACGCGGCGAAGUGGAAGGCGGCGAAGGCGGCAAAGGAGGCAGAGGGUACAGCGUAGGCGUGUGUGUAGUACUAAUACGACGACGAGACGGCACGAACAAGUCUCAGUUCAGCGCACUUUAUCUUUGUUGAUGCGUGUUCGAAUUGCUGUGUAUCACGGGCGACAAUUGGACGCACUACUGCGAUCAUAUUCUAACAAGCCAAGAGACACAAAAGCCAAACGCCGAAGACCGAGUCUUCAUCCAACAUGAUCCACGGCCCCCCCC